GUCCGGGCCGCGGUGUUCGCGCAAGGAGAGCGUGCUCUGGGCACUUGACAUGGCGGCAGCGGCGGCUACUGCGGCGACGAAGGGGAAUGGGGGCGGGGGGGCCCGGGCCGGGGCCGGGGCCGGGGAAGCUGGCGGCGCGCGGAAAAAGAAGGGCCCAGGGCCUCUGGCCACGGCGUAUCUGGUCAUCUACAAUGUGGUGAUGACGGCGGGGUGGCUGGUUAUAGCAGUUGGUCUGGUCAGAGCGUACCUGGCUAAGGGUAGCUAUCAUAGCCUUUAUUAUUCCAUUGAAAAGCCUUUGAAAUUCUUCCAAACUGGAGCCUUACUGGAGGUUUUACAUUGUGCAGUAGGAAUCGUUCCAUCUUCUGUUGUCCUGACUUCUUUCCAGGUGAUGUCAAGAGUUUUUCUGAUAUGGGCAGUAACACAUAGUGUCAAAGAGGUGCAGAGUGAAGACAGUGUCCUCCUGUUUGUUAUUGCCUGGACAAUCACAGAAAUUAUCCGUUACUCCUUUUAUACUUUCAGUCUAUUAAACCAUCUGCCUUACCUCAUCAAGUGGGCCAGGUACACACUUUUCAUUGUGCUGUACCCAAUGGGAGUGUCGGGAGAACUGCUCACAAUAUAUGCUGCUUUGCCCUUCGUCCGACAGGCUGGCCUGUACUCUAUCAGUCUACCUAACAAAUACAAUUUCUCCUUUGACUAUUAUGCAUUCCUAAUUCUGAUAAUGAUCUCCUACAUUCCAAGUUGGGAUCACUCAUUUAACACAUACUCACCAUUAUCAAAGGCACCAUGGAGAGUUAGUCAUGGAAUAAAGCACUGUCCUUCCAGAUAAAAUCCAUUCCUCUGGAGUGAACUUCCCACAGAAAGGGUUUAGAAGAACUAGAGGUAAAGAGGCAUAUGAAGAUGGUGUCCUCAUCUCUACUGGUUUGUUUGGAUUAUUCAUUUAUAACACAAGAUCGGCGCUGAUGUGGUACAACCUGCAAAUUACUUUCAGUUCUGAGUUUCUAGAUAAAACAUUAUAAAACAUUAACAUCAGUACAUACUGCUCCUUUGAAAUUUGGGUAGAAAAUUAUACAACCAUAUAUAUAGUCCAUUUUUGUAUUUUUUCUAUGUUGUGAAAACCAAAAUUGUAAUUUUAUAAGUCUUUGAUUCACUAAAAUUAUAUAAUUUAAAUGUAUUUUUUGUAUAUUUAGAAAUAAGGAGUUUAAAGGCUAUGCCUAACUUUCUAUGCAUGCAUUUGAAGCUGUUUUUACCUGAUAAUGUUAAUGUAGUAAUAAGUUGUAUUCAUAAAAUACUGAUCUGUGUUGCAUUUCGAAAUAAACUGGUGCGUGCUCUGCCUGGAUUUGAAA